CGAUGAGGUUCAAUGUAGCCACUUAUUUGCAAGCAAGACGAUUCACCUACCUAGUCCAGUUAUCUGGUUGCAAAACGGCAGCAAAGGGCGACCAGUUUUUCAUCCAGGAAGCUCCUCAUCAACGGUGGGCACCGACACCACAGCCAAAAAAAAAACAACGGCCAACAUUUUACGCUGAAGAAUUCCCUCCAUUUAAUCCAAGAGGCCAGCAGGCGAGCGGCUGCCCACACCAACGAACCUCCUCCAUAGAUUCCCACUUGGUCUACCAACAGGCGGCGUUUGCAAGCCGUCUAAAAACAAUCUUGAGACAAAAUGAGGCCAUUUCUGCCAUUGCUCACACUGAGCACCGUCGCGCAAGCUCUGUACUUUUACAUUGACGGCCACACUGCCAAGUGUUUCUACGAAGAGCUUCCCAAGGACACACUGGUGGUGGGUCACUACAGCGCCGAGGAGUACGACGACCACCGGAAAGCAUGGUGGAAGCACGACGGAAUUAGUAUUUACAUCUCGGUAGAUGAAACCUUCGACAACGACCACCGCGUCGUCUCGCAAAAGGGCAGCAGCAGCGGCCGCUUCACCUUUACCGCAGCCGAGUCGGGCGAGCACAAGCUGUGCUUCACGCCAUCGUCCAACAGCGGCAACACUGGCUGGCUAUCCACCGGCAGCCCGAACGGCGGCAUCCGCCUGACGCUCGACCUGGCCAUCGGCGAGACCUCUGCGCUCGAGAGCAGCGACAAGGACAAGCUCGAGGACAUUGCCACCCGCGUCAAGGAUCUCAACAUGCGUCUGCAGGACAUCCGCAGAGAGCAGGUCUUUCAGAGGGAACGGGAAGCGGAGUUCCGUGAUCAGUCAGAGUCCACAAACGCUCGCGUCGUACGGUGGAUGCUCAUCCAACUCACCGUUCUCGGCAUCACUUGCGCAUGGCAGCUGUCACAUCUGCGAUCAUUCUUCAUUAAGCAAAAGCUCACAUAGGAGAUGCAUUCUACAUGGUGUGGGGGUGGUUGUUGACGAUAUUAGAAGGGUAUUACUUUGGGAUCUGGUGGCGACUUGCUUUUUCUGUGCCAGUAUAUUUAUCACAAAAGAUGCAAGAUUUCUACCUUCCGUAGAUGUGAAUGGUUAUACGAAGAUUUAUCCACGGAAGCAUAAAGAUUUACUAUCUGUACACAUAUAUGAUAAAUAUCGCACUAAGCAGUCCGGUCCCGG